AUGGCGCGAGUAGCGAAGAAGGCGAAGGGCAGCACACCGGGACGGCCGAAGAAGAAGGACAACCAGUUCUUUGAUGUGGGCAAGGUCGGGCGCAAAACCGGCAUCACAUUAGAAGACAAAGGCGUCCGCGACGAGCAUGGCUUGGAACCCGUCUCUCAUAUCUUCUCCUCACCCGGCUCACCUUCACGAGAUCACCUGGACAGCAGCGAUGCGCAUAUGCACGAGAGCUCAGGCCCAGAUGUAGAUGUUACGCUCGCUUCGCGCAAAACGCCGCGACUUCCGCCUGCGCGCGCAUCGACGCCGAAGCACACGAAUAUCGGAUCGCCGAAACGCGCCUCUACGGGAAGACCUGCCCAGCAGCGCAUGAAUACACCUGAGGAGGAAGGCACACCUGCACGUGUGCGCUCGCAGCUGCGUCCGAAUCGAGUGCUGGACUUUGGAGAGGGCGGGGUCAAGCAGAGUAUUGAGAGCCCGAGUCCGUUCAAGCCGAGACAUGUCUUGCGGAGGUCGCUUGGUGUUGGAAAGUCGAACCCUUUUGCUUCGCCGGCGACUUCGAAAGCUACGCCAGCUGAAGUGACGAUCGCUGAGGAGGACGAGCAGGAAGCGGAAGGCGCGGAGCUACCCGUGGAUGAUGGACCGCUGAUCUUGGACGAUGAUGAGGACUCUCACGAUGCCGUGCCUCAGCAUGAUGAAGAAGAGGCGCAAACUGGCGCUGCCGAAGAAGAGGAGGAAGAGCAAGAAGUUCAGGAAGUCCCACAGAAGAGGAAGUCAGGACGUCCACGAAAGUCUGGCAGCUCUGUGAACAGCAGCCAGAUCCAGCACACACCUCCAGUCGCACCGAUGGUAUCGAGUAGGAAACGAGAUCGAUCGACGCUGGAGAACAGCCAACUUGAGGAUGCAAGCAUAUCUCAAUCGCAGAUCAGCCAAACUGGACGCGCGCAGAAGAAACAGCGCGGAGGAAGACCGUCUCUCAACAAGGUCAUUGUGCACCACGAUGAGGGAGAUGAGGCUGUUGACCCAUCAGUGAUCGCGCAUGGCGACGAGUAUGUUGUGGAAGAAGACGCGAGCGUGCCCGCAGAGGAGCCCGAGGAGCCCGCGCCAGCCAAACAGAAAGGCAACGGAAAGAAAUCAAAGGCACCAAAAGAGCGCGACCCCAAUCGAGCUAUGCGAGGUCAAAGCGAGCAAGUGAAACUCAACGACUCGCCGUCCAAACUCCGCGACCGUCGUGAAGGCAGCCGCAGCCUCAGCGUGGGCCCCAUCAGCAACGUACACCUUCGCGCCGCCACCCCGUACGAAGACGCAGGCGAACGUACUUCUCGCUAUGGUCGCAACCUGGUGCAACCGCUCAAAUACUGGGCCAACGAGAUGCGCCUCUACAAGAACGGCGAGACCGCGGGCAUCGUCAGGGCAGAUAUUGUCUCCCCGCCGAAGCGCCGGAAGCCAGUCAAGAAGAAGACCAAGAAGAAGAACAAGGGCGGUAAUGAUCUGAACGACAUUGACGAGGAGAGCGAUGCGGAGAGCACACACCCUGAUGAGUGGGAGGAAGAGGUUGGUGUCAUUGCUGGGGAUGUGGCGAACUGGGAUCCGGAGAAGCAGCAGGGUGACCCUGAGGAUCUGGUUCGCGAAGACCUCGCCUUCGCCUCCAACUCCAUCGUAGCCAAAGACGUCGCCAACACGACCUUCAAGUACGCCAAAAUCAUGACCCUCCCCUUCUUCGGCUCCGGACUCGUCGAGCUCCCGCCUGGCGGCGAGAAGCGCGCGAAGAAUUGCCGGAAGAUGCAGAUGUGCUUCUUUGUGCAUGAGGGGAAGGUCAUGGUGGAGGUGUAUCCGGCUGGGAGGGGAGGGGACGAGGCGGGAGAGGUGACGCAGUUUGCGAUUGCUAAGGGUGGGGUGUGGGUUGUUCCGAGGGGUAACAACUACUCCAUCCUCAACGAGAGCACGACGAAGACGGCGCGGAUUUUCUUUGCGCAGGGGUGCGAAGUUGUUGAGAUGGGGAAGUGA